AUGACACGGCAGUACAAUCUCGAUGAAAUAGCAUCUUUGGAUUACCUACUAACUUAUUACGUUGUACAGAUUUCAGGUAGUGUUGGACACCUCUUCUUACUCCUCCUCACCAUCAUUUCCCGCUCCAUACAUCACAACGGGGUUAUUAUCAACUUCUACUUGAUAUUCAGCUUUACGCUGUGGAUAGAUGCUAUUCUAUUGUACACCGGUCACCUCACUUCCCAAACCCACCAAAUCCCCCCUUCAAUACGCAUCAUUAACUCCAGUAUCAGAAUGACAGGAAUGCUAGCCAACACCUGCACAACCCUUACUGUCGUCUUUAGGCUUUUCAUAAGCGUUAACACCGCUCUCAGUACUCGCCUCGCUAAAAUUUUAUCCAAGAUCUCAGACACUAUCUUGAUUUUAGUUCCUUGGGUGUUGAGUAUGCCAUUCUUCAUCGCUUAUUUAGCACGCACUAUUCCACACCCAGAUUUAGUCAUCCGAACGCCCUAUUUCUGUGACUACAAUGGUAGUGUGUUGAAUAAAGUCGUUACCAACCUCACUCUGGCACUAAUGUGUCUGAUACUGGUGCUGGCAAUACUCACCGCUAUUCUCCUCAUCAAACUCCGUUCAAGUCAGCACGGUUUGGUGUACGUGAAAACAUCAAUCGACGUUGUCCUCGGUUGUCGCAUACUUCUCUUCCUCGUCUACUCACUCACUACGGUGGUUGUACUAAGCGGUACGCUUAACGACGCUUGGGGGAGUUUCAGCGAUGGCCCCACCCUCGCUUUCGGUUUGACCGGUUUCUGGGCUUUCCUCUUGUUCUUUAUUCAACCAGACACCUUCAACGCUAUUAUGACUUGCUUCGGGCUUAGAAAGUCGCGGAAUAGACAGAGACGCCCCUCCUUCCUCUCUGUCAGCGCUAGUCGACCACGGGGAACUGAGCGGCAUGAAUUCGACGGGAAUUUAACUUUCAAUGGGAGUCUAAAUGUUCGGAGUAGUGGGAGUGAUGAAUGUGGGGAUGUCAAUGGCUGGGUUGAUAAACGGCGGCUUGACAAUGCUGAUUCAAGGUGUUUAGGCGGUGGCAGUAGUAGGUGUAGCUCAAGUAGCUCGAGUACGACACACACGACACACACGACACAUACAACACAUACAACUCACACAACUAAUACGGAUACCUACCCAAAUAUUUUCACUGAAAUACACACUCACAAAAACACAGACAGCGAUACGUCGCAUUAA